UGCUCCUGCCGAUUCUUCCUAAAUUCUGUAGGGAGAUUGAAGGGUUGAUCCAUGAAUGAAAGUCCCAAGCGUAGGAGAAUGAUCUUAUAUAAAUGUAUCUGAUGGCUGAUAGAGUAAUGAUCCUGUGGCAGGUUUGGGAGAAGGUCUUCAUCACAAUUGACACAAAAAGCCAGACAGCAGCUAUCAUGAGCUCCACGCAGUCAAACUCCUCUGCAAAUGUGACCUUUGUUCGUCCUGCAACAUUUUUCAUCAACGGCUUUUAUAAUGUUCCACAUGCAAAAUAUUAUUAUGUGUUCUUGUCUUUGGUGUAUGUUGUGACUGUUUUAGGGAAUUCAUUUAUCAUGUGUACCAUUUAUUUGGCCCGCAGACUUCACACAGUAAAAUACAUUGCUGUUUUCCAUUUGGCCCUUUCUGAUCUGUGUGGAAGCUCGGCUUUGAUUCCAAAAGUCAUAGACGCGUUUUUAUUUGGCCACCAGGACAUUUCAUAUGAAGCAUGUUUGGAAAAUAUGUUUUUUGUCCUUCAUUUCAUGAAUCUGCAGUCUUUGACACUAGUUGUCUUGGCUUAUGACAGACUGGUUGCUAUUUGUUUUCCUCUACGGUAUCAUGCCAUUGUAACCAAAACAGCCAUGUUUCUGAUCAUAGGUGUUAUGUGGAGUUUUUCUGUGACUUUUUUUUCUAUUCUUGUAAGUUUGGUCAAUAGGCUUUCUUUUUGUAGAUCUAAUGUGAUUGAUACUUACUACUGUGAUUUUGCCCCUAUCUAUAGACUAGGUUGUAAUGAUAAUUCUGUGCAUUUUUUGAUGGGAGCACUUUGUUUUGGUCUCCUGAUUUGUACACCGCCGAUACUGAUCUUCAUAUCAUAUUUCUGCAUUGCUCUGGCUUUACUUAAGAUUGCUCAUAGUGUUGAUCGAAUCAAAGCCAUGAAAACCUGCACCUCACAUCUCAUGUUGGUGGCAAUUUUUUAUCUCCCAAUUUUAAGCAAUAAUAUUGCAUCUCUCAUAACACCUAUCCAUCCAAAUGCCCGGAUAAUUAACAAUUCUCUCACUCAGACAAUACCACCUAUGCUGAAUCCCAUCAUAUACACUCUAAAGACAGAGGAGGUCAUGCAAUCCAUAAAAGAAUUGUACAAACGAAGCAGGGUGUAUGCUACUAUGGAAAGAAUGAAAAGUGGGAGAAAUUAAAAAAAUAAAAAUAAAAAUAAACUAUUAUCUUGAAUGAAACUCUGUCCUUCUUUGCUAUAAGUAAACAUGUUAUUAGUUAUAUUGCUAUUUUAGAACAUUUAACAAAUACUUACUUAACAGAAUAUUUCGACUUGGUGUGUAUUUUUGGUAAAAGAAGCUCUCUGACUUGUGAUAUUGUGAUUAUACUGUAUGUAUAAUGCAUGUGUUUGUGUUCCCCAACCCUGUUAUUGGAGGCACACCAACAGUGCACAUUUGGGAUUUCUCCCUUAUCUGAGCCCUAGUGUUUGAUUAGGAAGAGUCAGAAAAUGUGUAGUGUUGGUGUGCCAACAGGAGCAGGGUUGAGAAACACUGUGUUACAGGAUAUAUUUCAAAAUUCCAAUGUUUAUGUUCAAUAUGUUUAUGGUUUCUUUAUGCAAUCACUUACUAUCACUGUAUGUCACACUUACAAUCACACUUUUCUGUGCUAUAUUACACAUGUAUGUGUUUGUUUACCAAUUUUUUUGACACCACUUGAUAUGAGACUAUUUUUUUUUCCGGUCCUUUAUUCGGUAACACUUUAUAAUAACUCAUGCUAUGAAUCUUUAGUUAACCAUUAGUAAAUAGUCAAUUUAUCAUUUAUAAAGCUUUUAUAGACAUUAGUAAGCUGUUUAUAACUACAGCUAUAAAUGCUUU